GAGUUUGCACAGUUUCGAAAUUUGAUUGGUCCGCUGAUGAUCCAGGCAGCUCGAUAGUGCGAUGACCUCAGUUUCGUCACACGUUACAGCUAAAAUGGCGACCUCCAGCGACAAGUCGCCGUUGUUGGUGAAUAUUGAAGACGAUUCCGUUGAAGUUCUCACUCUAAACGCUCAAGCAAGACAUCCUUCUGUUAGAUCGGAAAUUUGUGAAGAAAGAAAGGACACAGAAAAUGACAGAGCACAAGAAUCAGAUGAUAUUGUCGCGAUUUUUGUCGUGGCUUUUGACACCCGAUCGGGUAAUAUAGUAGAGUGGUGUCUGCCCGAUGAUAUCAAUCUUGAUGGAGUGGAGUUUAAAGCUAUGGCGAGUGGAUCACAUACUGUCCUCACAGAUUUCAUCUACUUCAGGAAAGACAGGUACUAUGGUCUGAGCUGUUUUGAGAACAUGCACGUUGAGAGUGCUGCCGAGAGGGGAGCGAGAAUGAAAUCUGUUGGGGUCCUAUCAACAUCUUACACCAUGCUACACAGACAUAUGACAUUCUUAGAACACCAAGUCAGACAUCUCUUGCAUGCCCCAGGAAGGUAUGAGGAUCUGGAAGCAUUCUUCGGUGAUCACAAAGCUUCCUUGCCUCUCUCCAGAGACUCAUCAUGGGAAGGUAUAGCUUCCGUCUUACAUAGUUCUUCAAGUCCUCUUCAUCAAAAUGCAUCAACAGUAGUCAAUUCGUCUCAACUAACUCCUCCUAGCUCAGACGAACACCGUCCACAUAUGAAGAUCACACACCCUGCUGGAUGCUUCAGUCAAUUUCUCAGUUUCUUUGGAGAGCAAAUCUUUACGUUGUGGAAAUUUAUCUUAUUAAGAAAGAGAGUUCUCUUCUUUUCACCACCGCCUAUAGGCGUUGUUUGUUAUAAAGUAUAUUGUGCGAGUCUGAUGAGCCACCAUGAUAUUAUCCUCAAUUCAGCUAUUGAACAGAAGCCAUAUUUUUAUGUUAAUAUUGCGGAUAUUGACACCUUGGAAUCAGAAAUGUCCUACAUUGCUUGCACAACAGAGAAGAUCUUCCAGGAGAAGCAGAGCUUGUACGACGUCUACGUCGACAACCAGAACGUGACGACCCAUGCGGCCAACCUGAAGGACCUCCUCAGACCCAAUGAGGUGGACAAGGAGAAGUUCAUGAGGCUCAACAACCAGAGGGCGACAGCAGUCUUCAAUGCUAGGGAACAGGGUGUAGAACCCAGCUCAGAAGAGGAUGAUGAGAUCUUUGCCAAUUUCUUCCUUGAACAAAACAACCACAUCUUCCAGACGUUACAUGAGAUUUCAAGCACGGAAGACAAGUCUCUUACCAACGACCACAUGAAGGCCAUGGGGCUGGAUCCCAUCGGUGAUCGCGCUUUCAUUGUUGACCUCCUGGAACUCUACGGCAUUGAUGUCAUUCUUAUGAUCGAUGCUCCUUGCUGUCCUGUCUGAAGGGGUCACCUGUUAGCUGUACCAGAGUGGGUUCUUCUGAUCGUAUCACAAAUGAGGUUUUAACAUGCUGUAAAUGCUACCUUUUUCAUGAUUAUUGAUUUUCAUGCUGGCAUGUUCACAGGUCCUUUAAUUUUACUUUACAUAUUUGCUCACAGUUUUUUUUCAAUGCAAAAAGGGGUAAGAUUUCCUUUGAUUAGAGUUAUAAUGAUAAUGAUAGUCAUAUUUAUAUAGAGCUUUUUGCCAUAGGGUACAAAGUGCACUAUUGCUAUCCCCCCUUUAGCUCAACCUAAAUCUUUAUCAACAGCGCUCACUGCAUUCAAGGUAUCAUUUCUAUUUGGUAACAUUGACCUCAUUUGGGUCUAUACUUAGAAAAUGAUUUCCUGUCUGAGAGAUAUGACUGGAUUAGUAAAAUGAUUAUGGUAAUAAACCAAUUCCAUGUACUAUUUAAUCAUUUUGAUAAAGAGUGCUCAUUACAAUUAGUAAAGUCUUUGCAGAGCUUCCUCACAAGGUGCUAGAGCAUUUUAAAUUAUUUUCUUCUACAAGAUACCAUACUCCACUUGGGUAGAGAGCAGCAAAUGCAGGUUAUUGCCAUGCUCAAGGACAUUAGCCCAAGGUGCAUUUAUUCAUUAUUCUUUAUGUAAGAAUACAAAAGAGAAAUCCUGUAAGUGGAUGUGUUGAAAUCGGUGCUCAUUUCCAAAGAGAUUUCAUAAAUGACUCUUAGGUGUAAUCAUUGUAGGGUAUGUGGUCACUUUUUUUGUGAAAUGAUACAACAUAAACCUCCAUGGAAGGAAGUAGAAGUGACCUUGAUAGGCAAUUAGCUUUGUUUAUGUUUUAGAGAUUGGGUUUAUUCUUGUAACUAUCUUAUAAUUUGACAAAUUGCCAGUGCUCAUAUCAUGCAAACUGUAUUGAAUACAGGAGAAAACUUGAUAUAUUGCUUUUGGUGGAAACAGGGGUGGGGGAUUCUUAGGUAUGUUGCACUUUUUAGUGCUUUUGUAAAAUAAAGAAAGCAUGAUUAAUUUGUGAUAUAUUAAAUGAAAUAAGAAAAGGACAAUUUUUGUAUCAAAUAGAUAAGAUACCCAGGUUAUUAUUUAUUUUAACAUUAAAAAAAUGAUUUUGAGCAGUGUGUGUCAGUGCAAUGAAUGUAUUCAAACUAUUCAAAUGAAUUCUAUUUAAACAUUUUGAUUGACAUAUCGGCAAUUUCCCUGUUUCUCCGAAGGUAUAAAUGGAAGAAAAAAAAUCUAUUUCACUUAUUUAUUUGCUAUUUUCAAAUAUGUUUGUGCAAUAUUGUUGUUUAGAGCAAAUGUUUUUUUCUUAUGCUUUUUAUGCAAUGGGAUCUUUCAUUUUGUGACCAGUUAAUUGCUUAUAAUUAUGUUACAUGCAUUCCUCAUAUUGGACCUUCAAAUUAAAGAAAUAGUACUAAAAGGGUCCAUAAUUAUGAUCUCGUUAUUCCCUUCUGAAAUCUUUAUGAAUUAUGACUUAUGAGUGUCACAAAACGUAAAAUUUUGCAUAAGUAUUAAAGUAUACUUGUGUACAGCAACGUUUAGUAUAUAAUAGUUUGGAACCUUUGUAUUAGAGUCAAUUGGCUUGAAAUCAACACAUAUGGUAUUCAUGCAGUUAAGUAUUAUCAAAUAAUUCCUUCCCAUUCCAUUAUCUGAACUUGAAUGACUUAUAAGCUUCAACAUGUGUAAAAGUAGAUGCAAUCAUAUAAGAUUAAUCAUAAUGAAUAGUUGUAAAGCCAAAUCCACUUAUGCUAAAUGCUCAUGGAAGUGAGGAUCCAGUACUUUUGCUAGGUUGCCUGUUAUAAAUUGUUCUUCCGACCUAAAAAGUUUCCCUCUACAAAAUCCUCUACAAAAUAGGCCUUUUACAAAAUUAUGUUCUGAUUUCUCAAGUUUUGAAGAGAACGGAACACUGCCAUCCUUCCAACCCUCCCCCCCCCCCCCACACACUUCCACUCUUCAAGCUGUCAGUCUUCUGGUAUAUUCAGUUUAUUAUUUUUUUUAAGAUUAGAUUUUUUACUUGAUGUUUAGACUUGAACAAGAUGAUUAAAUUACUCAUAAUUCAAGCAAUAGGUUUACUGUAUGUGUCAUUCUACAAUGUAAUGUUGAUAAAAUCUUUAUAUGACAUUCAGCUUCAUAAUUGAUUUUUUUUUCUUUUUGUUUUUUAAAAACUGUUGUAAUAUUCCUGUUGAGUCCCUCAGAUGUUGCUUAAACCAUAUUUCAUUUAGCUCUUAAUAUAUGAACAAUCCCUCUCGAUUGCCAUUAUAGCAUUGAGUAAUCAUUCCAAAAAAUAAAAACCUUGUUAAUUUGCAUUACUAGCUAAUUUUUCUGCUGUUCUAAAACAUUCUUUAAAAAACAUUUUUAUUACAAUUUUCUGAUCGGAUUUUUGUGAAAGAUCUAUGAAUGGUAAAGUACAGACCUUUUUUCCGAAUGGACUCUUUUGGGUAUGAAUUGUUUGGUUAAUGAAUUGGCAGGUAUGCAACGGCAAUUAUCAUGUUUCUGGUGCAAGUCUUUGUAGAGAGCAUAUUAAAGCACAUUUAUUCUGCAGUUGUAUUUACUACACUCUUGCUACCUCAAAGGAAAAAAAAAGAUAUGAUAAUACAAAUAGGUCAGGGGUUUUGUUUCCCAUUCAGUCUUGUAAGAAAAAAGUAUAUGUAUUUGCAAGUUUUCAUUCUUGUUGUUGAUUUAGUUUUGAUAGGAGAGAUUUUGUUAUCAAAGAAGCUGAUCAAGCCAGAGUAUGCAGUCAUGUGUCUGCUUCAAUAAAAUAGGAGGUGUUUUUAUACACCAAUUUAAAGGUGAAGUUCACCUCAGAAAAAAUAUUGAUUUGAAUAAAUAGAGAAAAUCAAACUAGCAUAAUGCUGAAAAUUUCAUCAAAAUCAGAUGUAAAAUAAGAAAGUUAUGACAUUUUAAAGUUUCGCUUAUUUUUCACAAAAAAGUGAUACGCACAACUCGGUGACAAUGCUUGUUGGAUUUUUCUCUUUUUAUUGAAAUCAACUUUUUGUUGGGGUGGACUUGUCCUUUAAGAGUGAUAAAUUUUGUGACUUAGACAUGCAUUUCAUAUUAUGAUAGUAAAUGUAUACUUAUCCUAUAAUACCUUAAUAUUAUCAAUAAUGUUAUGAUACUGGUACUCAAUUAUUUGAACAGUGUUGUCAAAACUCAGUCAGGCCAUAUAGAUAUAUUUUUUAAUAUGAUUUUACUCUUGUUUUUAAUCAUGUUUGGUGCUUCAGAUUGACAUACACAGUUCUCCAGAUUGACAUAGCCGUUCUCCUACAAAUUGGGGAAAUUUUGGAAAGUUUAGUCAUUAACGGGGAUUGAAAUGAGCGAGAACCUUAUUAAGCAUGCAAGAGCAUGUUCCAGUCAUGUGCAUAGCUACGCAAAGCUUUAUGGAACAGCACCAAGUAUUAGUAGGCUUUUGUGGAUAAAAGAAAUACAUGUACAUGUCUUAUCUUUGAUAUUCACUUUAUAUGUUUCACAUGUGGCAUUGAUAUAUUUUGCAGUUAUGUGGUCUCAGUACUCCGAAAUGCUCAACUCUUUUUAUGUGAUUUUUUAAAAAUCAAACUUGCUACUUAAUUCCAUUGUGUUCAUAUCCAUGCAAGUGUAAAUAUCAAAUUUUGAUGAUUGUAUUUCAGUGAUAUGCACAAAGUCAUGGCAGUUCAGUUUUCUAAGAUGUGAAAUGAAGGUGUACAUUUAUAUAUAGAGUAUAUUUGGUUCAAGGGAUUUGUAGUUAUAUUUUAUUUUUAUCAUUUGGAAGAGGUGGACACUGAAUAUUAAUAUUGUAUCAUAGUGCAAUAGAUCUGUAAUGGAUACCAUGCUUUAUGUCAUAAAACAUUUUAUUAAAUGACUUGACAGAACCAAGUA